AUGGAGAGCGAGCCAGCGGUGAACGGCCACGCCGUUCCCAGCUCUCCCGGGGGAGACGCGUCAGGGACAAACGGCCCGUGCCAGGGCGCGAUGCCGCGCAAACCGCGGAAAGCAGCCGGCAGUGCCGCGGCGGCUCCGGGCGCCGCUGGGGAACCCUCGGAGACGGCUGGCAGCAUUGCGGGCGUGUACGUCGAGGCUUCAAAGAGGACAAUGAGCUUUUACGAGGCCACCAGAGAGCACCUGCUGAGCCUGGAUUUGGCCCUCUGCCUCCUGGAGGCGCAGGCAGCCACGGGCUCCAUCUCCGACCCGCUGGGGAAGCGUGGCGUCCCCGUGGCAGAGGCCGUGCGGACGGGGCUGGUGGGGCUGGAGCUGAAGGAGCGGCUGCUCUCGGCGGACAGAGCCGCCACCGGCUUCGUGGACCCUUACACGGAAGAGAAAAUCUCCCUGUACCAGGCGAUGCAGAAGGAGCUGGUGGGGAGGGAGCAGGGCGUUCGCCUGCUCCAGGCCCAGCUGGCGACCGGAGGCGUCAUCGACCCGGCCACCGGCGGCCGGCUCCCGGCAGAGGCGGCCUGUGAGAGGGGAUAUUUGGAUGAGGAGAUGAGGCGGCUGGUCUCCGACCCCAGCAACGAGGAGAGCAAAGCGUUCCUGGACCCCAGCACAAUGGAGAAGGUCACCUACCAGGAGCUUCGGAAGAGGUGUCUCGUGGAUCCAGCCUCAGGCCUCCUCCUCUUGCCGCUGCAAAUCACCUUCCCGGGGCUGGGCGGGCGGGUGAGCGGCAGGGACCUGGUGGACUCCGGCAUCAUCAGCCCUGACGUGUUCCGAGGCCUCGAGGAGGGACGGGUCUCUGCCCAGGAGGUGGCAGAGAAUGACGCGGUCCAGCAGUUCCUGCGCGGCACGAGGAGCGUGGCCGGGGUGGUCCUGCCCUCCGGGGAGCAGAAAAGCCUUUACCAGGCCCUGAGGGAGCAUCUCCUUGUGCCUGGUGCUGCUCUCCUGCUCCUGCAAGUCCAGGCCUCCACCGGCAGCCUGACAGACCCCCUAAAGAACAAAAGCUACUCCGUGGAUGAGGCUGUCAGGGUUGGCCUCAUCGGCCCAGAGCUUUACGAGAAACUCUCUUCGGCCGAGAAAACCAUCACGGGAUACAGGGACCCCUCCACCGGAGAAACGCUCUCCCUGUUCCAAGCCAUCGGGAAGGGCUUCGUCCCCAGGGAUCACGGCCUUUGCCUCCUGGAGGCUCAGCUGGCCACGGGGGGUGUGAUCGCUCCGGGCAGGCGCAUCCGUGUGCCCGCGGAGACGGCCUGCGAGUGGGGGCACCUGGACGAGCCCACCAGGCAGCUCCUCUCCAGCCCUCCCGACGACCUGAAGGGGUUCUUCCACCCCGGCUCCAAGGAGAAGCUGAGCUACGCGGAGCUGCUCCGGCGCUGCGUCACCGAUCCCGGCACGGGGCUCCUGCUGCUGCCACUCGCCGGGGACGGCAGCGGAGGGUCGCAGGGAACGCCCCGUGGCUUCCUCGACCACGGGAGCCAGAUGGCUCUGGAAAACGCACGGGUGCCCGUGGCUGCGGGGAAAUUCAAGGGCAAGUCGGUGUCUCUCUGGAAACUGCUCUUCUCCGACUACAUCCAGGGCGAGCAGAGAGCUGCGCUGGCUCAGCAGUUCCUGGCGGGAGCGCUCUCCCUGCAGGGACUGGGAGAGGCCGUCAGAGCCGCCGUGGAGGAAAAGGCUGCCACUGCUAACGUCACCUUCAAGGGCCUGAGGGACCAGGUGACGGCCGACCAGCUCCUGAGCUCGGAAAUUAUCAACAAAGACCUGUUUAAGAAACUCAAGGAGGGAGAAACCUCGGCCAAAGAAGUCGUCAGCAUGGACACGGUCAGGAAGUACCUGCAGGGCACCGGGAGCAUCGGUGGGCUGCUGCUCCCCGACUCCCAGGAGAAGAUCAGCAUCUACCAGGCAAAGCGGAAGGGGCUGCUGCGGCCGGGAACGUCUCUGAUCCUCCUGGAGGCGCAGGCCGCCACGGGGUUUGUCAUUGACCCAGCUGCCAACAAGCGGUAUUCCGUGGAUGAGGCUCUGCGCGCGAACGUCAUCGGCCCCGACGUCUACGACAAGCUGCUGGCGGCGGAGAAAUCGGUCACGGGCUACAGAGAUCCUUACUCGGGCGACAAGAUCUCCCUGUUCCAGGCCAUGCAGAAGGAGCUGAUCGUCAGGGACCACGGCAUCCGCCUGCUGGAGGCCCAGAUCGCCACGGGCGGCAUCAUCGACCCCGUCAACAGCCACCGCAUCCCCGUGGAGGUGGCCUACAAGCGCGGCUACUUCGACAAGAAGAUGAAUUUAAUCCUCUCCGACCCCAGCGACGACACCAAGGGCUUCUUCGACCCCAACACGCACGAGAACCUGACCUACCUGCAGCUGAAGGAGAAGUGCAUCACCGAGCCCUCCACCGGGCUCUGCCUCCUCCCUCUGAACAGCAGGAAGCGGCAGUUCGUGGAUGAGGCCACCAGGCAGGCGUUCAGGGGCUCCUGGCUGCCCGUCAGGUUCGGGCGCUUGCGGGGGGAGAACGUCUCCGUGUGGGACCUGCUGAACUCCGAGUACUUCAGCGAGGGCAGGCGCCGGGAGAUUUUCAACCACUUCCAGCUGAGGAAGCUCAGCCUGGAGCAAAUCCGGCUCAUGCUGGAGGAGGAGAUGAAGAAAUGGGCCCCCAUCAAGUUCCCGGCCAUGAGGGGCAACGUCAGCGCCUAUCACCUGAUGGAAACCGGUGUCAUCGACAGGGCGCUGUUUGAGCGGGUGCUGGAGGGAUCCGUCACCCCGGAGCAAGUCCUGCGCAUGGACUCCGUCAGGAAGUACCUCUACGGCUCGGGCAGCAUCGGGGGGAUUGUGCUCCAGCCGUCCAACCAGAGGAUGAGCAUUUAUGAGGCCAUGAAGCAGAACAUCGUGGUGCCAGGAGUAGCCCUGCCCCUGCUGGAGGCCCAGGCCGCCACGGGCUUCAUUAUCGACCCCGUGAACAACCAGAAGCUCCGCGUGGAUGAGGCCGUCAAGGAGGGGGUCAUCGGGCCAGACGUCCACGAGAAGCUGCAGCACGCGGAAGGGGCCGUGACGGGCUACAAAGACCCCUUCACGGGCAAGAAGAUCCCCCUUUUCCAGGCGAUGAAGAAGGGCCUGAUCGCCGACAAGCAGGCCAUGCAGCUCAUGGAGGUGCAGAUGGCCACCGGCGGCAUCAUCGACCCAGCCUGCGGCCACCACCUGCCCCUCGAGUCGGCCCAGCAGCGAGGCUGCCUGGACGAGGACACGAGCAAGGCCCUCUCCAAGCCCAGCGAUGACCACAGAGUGUUCUGCCUCCCGGACAGCAAGGAGAGCGUGACCUACGCCGAGCUCAUCCAGCACUGCCAGAAGGACGAGGUCUCCGGCUUCCACUUGCUGCCUCUGGCACAGGCGGCCGCUCCUGCCUACACCGACGAGCAAAUCCAACGGAUUUUCAAGGAGACCGCGGUGAAGGAAAAAGGGGUCUCCCUCUGGGAGCUCGUGCACUCGGGGUACUUCACCGAGGAGCAGAGGAGCGACUUCACGGAGAGGUUCCGGUCGGAGGAGCUGUCGCUGGAGCAGCUGGUUGCUCUUGUGCUCAGGCUGGUGGGGGAGAUGGAGAUGAAAGCCAGGACCCAGAUCUCCCUGGAAGGCCUGAGGGGCAGCGUCCCCGUGGUCUGGCUGCUGGACACGGGCAUCAUUUCCCAGAAGACGUUCGAAGAACUGGCUCAGGGCGUGAAAACUCCCGAAGAAGUGGCCGCAAUGGAGAGCGUAAAGAGGUACUUGAAGGGCACAGGCAGCAUUGCUGGGGUCCUCAUAGAGGCCACCAAACGGAAGAUGAGCUUCUACGACGCCAUGAAAAACAACCUCCUCCUCCCCGGGGCUGCUCUGCGGCUGCUGGAGGCUCAGGCAGCCACAGGGUACCUGAUCGACCCCGCCACGAACCGGAGGCUCAGCGUGAGGGACGCCGUGAGGGCGGCUGUGGUGGGAGAGGAGCUGAGCGAGAAACUCCUUCUGGCUGAGAGGGCCGUGACGGGCUACACCGACCCCUACACCGGCGGCUCCAUCUCCCUGUGCCAGGCGCUCAGGAAGGAGCUCGUCCCCCUGGCAGAGGCGGUGCCCUUGCUGGAGGCGCAGCUGGCCGCGGGAGGGGUGGUGGAUCCCGUCCACCACCUCCACCUGCCGCUCCAGGCCGCCUGCAGGUACGGCUUCUACGACGAGGACCUGAACCAAGCCCUCUCGCAGCUGGACGACAGCACCAAGAUCUUUUUCGACCCGAACACCAAGGAGAACGUGACCUACCAGCAGCUGAAGGAGCGGUGCGUGCGCGAGGCCGAGUCGGGCCUGUGGCUCCUCCCUCUGUCGGAAAACGCGAUGUUCUGCGUGGAUGAGCAGACCAUGAAGGUGCUGAGAUCCGUGACCGUCUGCGUCAACGUGGGGCGGUUCAAGGGGCAGACCGUGUCCGUCUGGGACCUCCUCAACUCCGAGUACUUCUCGGACAGCAGGAGAAGGGAGCUGGUGCAGAAGUACAAAGACGAGAAGGCUGAAGCGCUACAGGAAAUCACAACAGCUCUCACCACAAUCAUCCAAGAGACGGAGGCGCAGGGCAAGAAGUUCGCGUUCAAGGGCCUGCGGAAAAGAGUGUCCGCCAGCGACCUCUUCCAGUCCCAGCUGAUAGACAAAAAAACCCUCGAUGAGCUCAACCAGGGCAAGAAAACGGUCAAGGAGGUCACGGAGAUGGAGUCUGUCCGCAGGUACCUGGAGGGCAGUAAUUUCAUAGCAGGGGUCCUCAUACAGCCAAGCAACGAGAAGAUGAGCAUCUACCAGGCCAUGUGGAAGGGCAUCCUGAGGCCAGGGACCGCCCUGGUGCUGCUGGAGGCGCAGGCGGCCACCGGCUACAUCAUCGACCCUGAGAAAAACAAGAAGUUUUCGGUGGAGGAAGCCUUAGAGGUGGGUCUGAUUGGAGGGGAGAUUUUCGAGAAGCUGCUCUCUGCCGAGAGAGCCGUGACGGGCUACACGGACCCCUACACCAAAGCCCCCAUGUCCCUGUUUGAAGCCAUGAACCAAGGGCUGAUCGUGAAGAGCCACGGCAUCCGCCUGCUGGAGGCCCAGAUCGCCACGGGCGGCAUCAUCGACCCCGUGCACAGCCACCGCGUCCCCGUGGAGGUGGCCUACAAGCGCGGCUACUUCGACCAGGAGAUGAACCAGGUGCUGUCCGACCCCGGCGACGACACCAAGGGCUUCUUCGACCCCAACACGCACGAGAACCUGACGUAUAUGCAGCUCCUGGAGAGGUGCGUGCAGGACCCAGAGACUGGGUUGUACAUGCUGCAAGUUGUAAAGGAGGGAGGAAAGUACUUCUACAUCGACGAGUCCACGAAACAGGCUUUGCGCUCCAGGGCCCUGCAAGUGAAGGUUGGAAAGUUUAAGGACCAGACAGUUUCUGUCUGGGAAGUGCUCUGCUCUCACUACAUCUCAGAGCAGAAAAGGAAAGAGCUGGUGAUGCAGUACAAAAGCAAAACCCUCAUGCUGGAGGACCUGAUAUCCCUCAUCCUAAAAAUCAUCGAGGACACAGAGCGAAGGGGAGAAGCCCUCAAGGUCAAGGGGCUGCGGGGGGAGGUGUCGGUGUCAGAACUGUUCAACUCUGAGAUAAUCGACAAGAAAACUCUGGAUCAGCUGCAGGACGGCAGCCUGGCGCUUGCCAGCCUCACAAAGAGGGACACGGUCCGAAGGUACCUGGAUGGCACUGGGUGCAUCGCUGGCGUUCUCCUCCCCUCGAGGAAAGAGGUGAUGAGCAUCUACCAGGCGCUGAAGAAAGGUCUUCUCACCGAGCAAUGUGCACUGGGGCUGCUGGAGGCACAGGCGGCCACCGGCUUCCUCCUCGACCCCCGGAACAACCAGAAGCUCUUGGUGGACGAGGCCGUCUCGUCCGGGCUGGUGGGCGGCGAGCUGCGAGAGCAGCUGCUGUCGGCAGAGAAAGCCGUGACGGGAUACACGGAUCCUCAGACAGGAAGCAAAAUGUCUCUCUUCCAGGCUGUGAGGCAGAAGAUCGUCGUCAGGGACCACGGCAUCCGCCUGCUGGAGGCCCAGAUCGCCACGGGCGGCAUCAUCGACCCCGUGCACGGCCACCGCCUGCCCGUGGAGGUGGCCUACAGGCGCGGGCACCUGGACGAGGACACGUUCCUCCUGCUUUCGGAUCCAGACCACGGCAGCAAAGGCUUCAUCGAUCCGAACACUCGUGAGAAGAUCAGUUACAGCCAGCUCCUGCAGAGGUGUGCCAAGGACGGGGAGAGCGGCUUGUACCUGCUGCAGGUCCUGGAAAAGGAAGGCGACUAUUUCUACAUCGACGAGCAAACGAAAAGCGCCCUGUUGUGCACCAACGUCCAGGUGCCUGUGGGAAAAUACAAGGGACAAGUGUUAUCGCUGUGGGAACUCCUCUGCUCCGAGUACGUCACGGAGGAGAAAAGAAAAGAGCUGGUGAAAAAGUACAAAGCGGAAUCCCAACACAUUGUGCAAGGAAUCAUUGAGACGAUACUGAAGAUCAUCAGAGAAAAAGAAGAGGGCAGAGGUGAUGUCUGGUUCCAGGGAAUCCGACAGCAAAUUACGGCGUCAGAGCUGCUCAGUGCACAGAUAAUUACAGAGGAAACAGCAGAAAAACUCCAGGAAGGAAAAAAGACGGCAGAGGAAAUAGCGCAAAUAGAAAGUGUGAGGAGGUACCUUGAGGGAACUGGCAGCAUCGCCGGCGUGCUGGUGCCCUCAAAAGCUGAGCCUGGAAAGAUGGACAAGAUGAGCAUCUACCAGGCCAUGUGGAAGGGCAUCCUGAGGCAGGGCACGGCGCUGGUGCUGCUGGAGGCACAGGCCGCCACCGGCUUCCUGGUGGACCCGGUCAAGAACCAGAAGCUCUCCGUGGACGAGGCCGUGGCCGCCGGGCUGGUGGGCAGUGAAUUAAAAAACAAACUUCUCAGUGCUGAGAAAGCAGUGACAGGAUACACCCACCCCUACACGGGACAAAAGAUGUCCCUGUUCCAGGCCAUGAAGCAGGAGCUGAUCGUCAGGGACCACGGCAUCCGCCUGCUGGAGGCCCAGAUCGCCACGGGCGGCAUCAUCGACCCCGUGCACAGCCACCGCCUGCCCGUGGAGGUGGCCUACAAGCGCGGCUACUUCGACCAGGAGAUGAACCAGGUGCUGUCCGACCCCGGCGACGACACCAAGGGCUUCUUCGACCCCAACACGCACGAGAACCUGACCUACCUGCAGCUGCUGCGCCGCUGCGUGCCCGACCCGGACACGGGGCUGCUGAUGCUGCAGCUGACGGACAAGGGCUCCGUGCUCUACCAGCUGAGCGAGGAUGCCCGCAGAGCCCUGCAGGCCGCCCGCACCACGCUGGCUCCGGGGCUCUUCCAGGGCCAGAGCGUCAGCGUCUGGGAGCUCCUCUUCUCCCGCUACGUCCCCGAGCAGCGCCGCCAGGACCUGCUGCGCCGGUACAAGGCCGGCACGCUCAGCAUUGCGGAGAUGAUCGAGCUCCUGACGGCCAUCGAGGCGGCGCGGCGCAGCAGCAGCGUGAAAUUCGCCGGCCUCAGGCGGCAGGUGAGCGCCUCGGACCUGCUGGACUCGGGCAUCAUCGACACGGGCACGCUGGCCGAGCUGGUGCAGGGCGCCAGGACCGUGCAGGAGGUGACGCAGAUGGCCUCGGUCAAGCGCUACCUGGACGGCACGGGCGUCAUCGCCGGCGUGCUGGUGCCCUCCAAGGCCCGGCCCGGCCAGACGGAGAAGAUGAGCAUCUACCAGGCCAUGUGGAAGGGCGUCCUGAGGCAGGGCACGGCGCUGGUGCUGCUGGAGGCACAGGCCGCCACCGGCUUCCUGGUGGACCCGGUCAAGAACCAGAAGCUCUCUGUGGACGAGGCCGUGGCCGCCGGGCUGGUGGGCGGCGAGCUGCACGAGAAGCUGCUGUCGGCCGAGCGGGCCGUGACGGGCUACACGGACCCCUACACGGGCGACAAGAUCUCCCUGUUCCAGGCCAUGCAGAAGGAGCUGAUCGUCAGGGACCACGGCAUCCGCCUGCUGGAGGCCCAGAUCGCCACGGGCGGCAUCAUCGACCCCGUGCACAGCCACCGCCUGCCCGUGGAGGUGGCCUACAAGCGCGGCUACUUCGACCAGGAGAUGAACCAGGUGCUGUCCGACCCCGGCGACGACACCAAGGGCUUCUUCGACCCCAACACGCACGAGAACCUGACCUACCUGCAGCUGAUGGAGCGGUGCGUGCCCGACCCGGACACGGGGCUUUAUUUCCUUAAUAUUUUAAAGAAAUAA